GCGUUCAGUGUUCGCGCCGAAGUGUAGACGGAAGCCAAUGAGCUAGUCUUGUGCCGGCUGGCGACGCCGCCCGUGCUUUAAAGGCUGGACCUGUGGCUGAACUUCCGAGCGCAAGCCAUCUUGGCGGAAGUUACCGCCAGGAAACAGAUGACAUAUAUAUGUGUCUGAGGGUGAAAGGUUUCAAUCAUAUUACGAUUUACGCUGGCGAGUAUAAUGCCGUUAGCUCAGCUUGCGGCGGACCCUUGGGUCGAGAUCAAAACGGACUGCGGGGGUCCGCCAGGUGAAGACAUGGCUGUUGACGAAAAUGAUGAAACCCAAGACAUGGAAACAAAUGACAUGGCAGAAGGGACACACGAGAUUGAGCUGACAAAUGUUACAAAAGAAGGCCACCCAAAGGGCGAUCCCAGUCAGUUCAAGCUCCUCAAGGUUCUUGGACAGGGCUCAUUUGGAAAGGUGUUUCUAGUGAAGAAGAUUAUGGGUCCAGAUGCAGGCACAUUAUAUGCCAUGAAAGUGUUGAAGAAAGCAACAUUAAAAGUAAGGGACAGGUUAAGAACAAAAAUGGAGAGAGACAUCCUCGCUGAAGUUCGGCAUCCAUUUGUGGUGAAGCUGCAUUAUGCCUUCCAGACUGAAGGAAAACUAUACCUAAUACUGGAUUUUUUGAAGGGCGGAGAUCUUUUCACAAGGCUUAGCAAAGAGGUCAUGUUCACUGAGGAAGAUGUGAAGUUCUAUCUGGCUGAGCUUGCUCUCGCUCUGGACCACCUUCAUGGCCUCGGCAUCAUCUAUAGAGAUCUCAAGCCAGAGAACAUUCUUUUGGACUCUGAUGGCCACAUAAGCUUAACAGACUUUGGUCUAAGCAAAGAAGCGCUCAAUGACCAGAAGGCCUACUCUUUUUGUGGCACUAUCGAAUACAUGGCACCUGAGGUCAUCAACCGCAAGGGACACACAAUGGCUGCCGACUGGUGGUCUUUUGGAGUACUCAUGUUUGAAAUGCUGACAGGCGGCUUGCCUUUUCAAGGUACCAAUAGGAAGGAGACAAUGCUACAAAUACUCAAGGCCAAGUUGAGCAUGCCACAGUUCCUCAGUCCUGAAGCACAGAGCCUUCUUAGGGCAUUGUUCAAGAGAAACCCUGCAAAUAGAUUAGGGUCCGGUCCAAAUGCAAUCGGCGACAUCAAGGCACACCCGUUUUUUGCCACCAUUGAUUGGGGGCAUCUGUACAGGAGGGAAGUGGUGCCUCCUUUCAUACCAGCUGUGUCAAGACCGGAUAACACGCUGUAUUUCGACAGGGAAUUUACAUCGAAGACACCAGAAGACUCUCCUGGAGUGCCUCCAAGUGCCAAUGCCCAUGAGUUGUUCAGAGGAUUCAGUUUUGUAGCUCCUAGUCUGACCGAGGAAGAUUAUGUCAAAAGCAAGGACAACCAGUCCACCAAAUGGUACGGCCUUCACUUUAAGGAAGCUAUUACCAAGGAGUAUGAGCUCAAGGAGGACCUUGGCUUAGGUUCCUAUUCGACUUGCAAGAGGGCUGUGCAUAGGGCAACUGGCAAGGAGUAUGCCGUCAAGAUCAUUGACAAGUUCAAGAGAGAUUGUCAAGAGGAAGUGGAAAUACUGCUGCGGUAUGGUCAGCACCCUAACAUACUCACGGUGUACGAUGUUUACCAGGAUGCCACCUCUGUGUAUAUAAUCAUGGAGCUACUCAAGGGAGGGGAGCUCCUGGAUAGGAUCCUAAACCAGAAGCACUUCAGUGAGAGAGAAGCCAGCGCUGUACUGGAAGUGAUUGCAAAGACAAUGAAGUUUCUGCACGACAAUGGGGUGGUUCACCGUGACUUAAAGCCAUCGAACAUCAUGUAUGCAGACGAAAGUGGUAGUCCGGAGAGCCUGCGCAUUUGCGACUUUGGUUUUGCAAAGCAGAUGCGUGCUGAGAAUGGACUCCUUAUGACUCCGUGCUAUACGGCCAACUUCGUGGCUCCUGAAGUGCUCAAGAAGCAGGGCUAUGAUGAGGCCUGUGACAUCUGGAGCAUGGGUGUGCUGUUGUACACCAUGCUGGCGGGGCAUACACCCUUUGCGAAUGGACCGAACGACACGCCAAACCACAUAUUGGCCCGGAUUGGAGAAGGGAGGUUUGACCUAAUGUCGGGAAACUGGGCCAAUAUCUCGAGUCCGGCAAAGCAUCUAGUCCAAAAAAUGCUGCAUGUGGACCCAAAGCAAAGAUACAGGGCAGCUGAUGUCUUGGGACAUGCCUGGAUUGUGAACAAGAACAAUCUUCCAGUCAGCAGGCUUUCCCAUCAGGAGCCUCAUCUGGUGAAGGGUGCCAUGGCAGCCACAUUCAGAGCCAUCAACAACUACCCCAAGCCCCCAAAUCUGGAGCCCGUUGCGGCGUCGGAACUGGCUAGGAGACGAGCCAACAAGGCACGGCACCACUCAUCCACAGAGGUCUGACGGGCCCCUGAUUCUUCCAGAGAAGGGAAAACACACAAACAAAGAAAAGACAUCGACUCUGUUGCCUUUUGCACACAUUCAGUGACAGCUUCCUCGGACUCGUCAGUAUGGAGUUCAGCGCGCAUUCGUUGGCCAUCUGGAACCCAUUAUGUUCUUGCGUGUGUACUUGCUUUGUUGUUAUUCAUUGUCACCGAGUAGCUGUUCGAGCACUUGCAUUUGUGUGCGCUUCUGUUUGAAAGAAAUAGGCCUCUGCAAGGACCUGCAUGGAACAGUGUAGGGUUAUGAAAUGCUGGAGAUUGUUUGAAACAAGCAGGCAAAAGAAACCGCCUAGACUUCAAAGAGCUCGGAAAGUGCCUCUGUGCGCAAGUUUGCUUAGUGGCAUGUAGAAGUGUAUUGCUGUAUUAAGUCUCUUGUUUUUGACCUGAGGAACUAAUUAGUUGCCGGAGAAUAACUCGUUUAGUUCCACCUUGAUACCCUAUAGCAUAUAAUUAUAUAUAUAUGUAUAUGUGUGUGUGUGUGUAUAUCUAUGUCGUAUAUGAAUCAUGUGUUGUUUCUUUUGUCACUGAAGUACCUAAGGUUAUGUGCCAUUGGAUGUUUUAUAGGCAAAGAUUGAUUUUUUUCUAUUAAUUUUGAGUCGUUUUACUCCUUCAGGAACCUUACCUGGUUCCCCUGCAUGGAUAGUUUUGCAUGGUUUCUGAAUAGGGGCCUGCAAGAGCUGUGUUACCUGUGUAGCACCUCGGCAUAAUUUGUUGCAAGUGUGAUCCGCUGUAGUUGAUUGUAUUGUGAAGCUUGUGUUCUUGACCAGUUCGCCAAGUCCAGAAAGGCUGGCAGUUGUGUUGGUGAGUGAGAAGAAUGCAAUUGGCAUGCACCUCUUUGCUUGCAUCAGCAUGGGCUGCAUUUAUCUGGAUCUCUGUGGGUAGAAAUUGCAGUGUCCAUUUGGUAGCCAUGUGCAGCACCUUUUGUGUUCUACGGUGUGCUAGAAAGAGAAGAAAGCAUAGUGAAAGUUAUUUUUAGUGUGUACAGACAUUCUUAAAACCACUUAAUUGUUUCUAGCUGCGGCAUUUUUCUUGUUUUCUGUAGUAGUUCAGUGUACUGUCAAAUGGUAUUGCCAGGUGUUCAGCAGGUGCAGUUUUUCAUCUACGAACUUUCUCUUCCCAAUUUGUUUGCUGAGCCUGCCUUUCCUUUCAUGUGUACUUGUGUCGUGGAUGUUGUGCAAAGACUGAACAGCUUGGCACCAAGUGCACCUAGUACAGUGUGUUAUGGAAUGGAAAAGCCUGAAGUGUCAGAGAUGAGACCUAGUGCCAGCACCUUUACCUUUUUGCUCUCUUUAAACAUAUCUAGUUCACAAACCAGGUGCGACAGCUUCCAUUUACACUGUUCGAACUGCACAAAUGUGUUGGCUUAAAUCUUUUGGCAAAAGAAAAUGUUUUACUGUGCCUUUUAAUUGACAUAGAAGAGAUAAGAGUGACGUCUGUUCACAUGCCUAUAGUAUAUGCAUGCAACUGCUUUUGAGCUUGAUGGGCGGCAGUGCUGAAGAAGGAGGCUCGUGGUGUGAUUCCUUGUACCACCAGCCAUACUGGCAACCAGAUCCAGCAGAUUUCCAACAGGUUCAUGUUGCGACAGUUGAAACAGCCGUCUUUCAGACACUUUGCAUGUUGUAUUGGACACUGUAUCAUACCAUGUGCUUUCCUCUUUCUCUUUCCAUCAAUCAGUUCAUUGCUUUGUACGUCUCAUUUCAGUGUACAUCAAAAAGCACAGUGAUUAUUUUCUUCUUUAAAUUGGAUCAUCUUGGCACUAUAUGCAACAUUAUGCGUGUGCAGUCUUUUUGUUUUUGAAUUGCACUUAGUGCAUGUAAUAUUGUGUUGUCCAUAGUUCCAAUGGAAGUUGUGGUGCAUUAUCUACACUGUAGACAUGAAAAGCAUGCACGCUUUGCUGGCAUACUUUGUUUUGAAGACUGUGUCCGACACCAAAAGCCAAACUCUGUGAUUGAACAUGACGUUGCUUUCAGUGGGUUGUGCUCUAAAAGAUGUCUAAUGCUUAUGAAACAACAGUGAUGACUGCUCUUCCAACUUGGUGAGACUGCCUAUGUUUUUCACAGGUAGAUGAAUGGUAGGCACUUGGUCAUUGUAUGCAACGAGACUUGUAUUGAGUAUGAACAGCUUUUGCAUUCAUACCCCUCUCUGCUGCACAGUAGUUGGGGGCACAGGCAGCGAGUUUAGAGCUAUCAAUCCCACGACAAACGGCCUGCUCUUCACAGUGUAGGUACAUCAUGGUUGUAAAUAUCUGCACUGAAGUGCUUGUAUUCAAUUGUGAUGGCUGCCUCAAGUUCUGCUGCUAUCAGCCAUGUGGCCUCAGUGCCUGCAGAAGUAGCGGAAUCUCUAGCUUGUGAGACAAGUUGCGUGUUUUGUUUUCUCGGCACCAAUCAAAUCUAAAGCUACUUUGCUUUUCUGUCCAGAAGAGCAGCUAGGGAUACCCACAUUGGUUGUCAUGUCUUGAUACCCCGAUUAGUUUGCACUGUUGCUCCUCGCAAUUCAGUGCGCUGUCUUAAAUUUCUGCAAUUAAAAAAAGUUUGUCCUCUUACACGUUAUGUUCAUAGAGGCAUAUAUAGAAGCGGUGACAUCGUAACAGGUUUUCAUAUUUUAUGCUUUCAAUGUGAACUCGUGGUGGUUUUAACUGUAGCCUUGAGUGAAAACACAGCUGCCAGUAGAAUAGUAGUAUGCUAAGUGGCAGCUUAGAUGUGAAUAAGGCAGCAAACUGAGAGAAAGUGCCAACGAUUUGUAUUGGAGUUCAAGGAACCUUAUAUGUGAGAACUACUGAGGAGGAGGUAGCAGUUAAGUUAGUGCUAGUAGCACAAUUCACUUGUGAAAAUGGGAUAACAGUGUAGGAAGAGUUUUGCAUAGCUAUUUCAAUGCAUCAAGAUGUGCAUCACAAUAUUUCUGCUUCUUCUGCAGUGCUUCAAAUCAUGCACCUUGUUGAAUUGGAAGCAUGUAAUAUGGCACUAAGCACUUGCCGUAGCCUCAUUCCAGUGCUAAUGGCCGUCCAGGUUGACAAGGCUUGGAUGUCUGAUGCCACUUCACAUUUCGACCACAGUCUUGUGUAUGUUGACACUUCGUAACAUGUUUUUGUUUUUAAUCUGUGUUGUGGCUCUUGUGUAGUUUUCUCGAAUGCUUCUUCCCUGAACUACUUUCAAGCUUUUUCAAUUGCAUAAAAUCUUUAGCAGCAGUAUGGAUGCUGUACUGAAUGUUUUUGUAGUACACCAGGGAACAUCAUCGAGAACAAAAUCGACAAGUAUACGUCUUGACAAAUUCUUUAGGCUCAUCCUUCCUUUUACAAUUCUCUUCUAAGGUAUGCCCACACUAGGAUGCAGAAAUGCAUUCGUAUCUAUGAUGUAAAGUAGAACUCCUUUGAUGGACAUGAUACUUAAACCUUCUAACCUUUUAAGCGCUUCCUUGCUGGCAUGUCUUCAUAGUUGGUUAGACCUGUAUUGAUGUGAUCUUUCCUCUGAAGAAUUUGUUUGAUGAGAUUGCUAAACAAUAAACACUUUGAUACAUUGUUGA